AUGAACGCCAAUGACCCGAAUCCCGUGUCCCUGCGGCCUCGCGCGCGCCGGCUGAUAUCUGGGCUGGACGGCGAUGAUCACGACGACGCGACCGCCUUGACGUCCGGCAGCGGCAUCCCCACCCGGAGACCAUCGCCGUUGCCCUCGACCUUCGACACCCGUCCGGCCUCCCCGAUCCCUGCGGCGCAUCCACAGAGGUCCCCGGGCAGGACCAUCUCCGGCUCCGGUCACGCAGUGGGUGCAUCUCUCGGUCGAGGGAGUUCGGGAAAGCAGAGGAGAGGGGCAGCUGGGGAGGACCAGACAUUCGCGGGGCUCUGGGGCAAUUCGUGGACCACGCUACAGGGCAUCGCAUCGGACCUGCUCGGCAGCGAUCUGGUCGCGCAGCGGGUCAGCGAUCGGCCGAGGAGUCGAAAGCACCUCAGCGUGAUCGAGCGGCAGAGAUCCAGCUCGGGGACUCCACAAUGGGGACAAUCCGGCCCCGUCGGCAGCAUCGGCGUCGGCACCCGAGAGGAGCAGACGGCCGCGUUUCGCACCCAGAAGAAACGCGACAUGCUCACUCGACAGGAGAGCAGCUAUGCCGAUACGCUGGGGAAAUACAAACGGAGGCUGUCCGACGACCUCGAUGGGGUCUCAUCCUCCGUGCCGCCCGCUGGACAUCACGAACACGAGGAUCGCGAUGCGCUCGUCUACCUCCAUGACGUCCGCAAAGAGGACACCCUAGCAGGGAUCGCGUUGCGAUACAACAUCCACGCCAACGCUCUGCGGAAGGCCAACCGCAUGUGGCCGAAUGAUACGGUCCAGACUCGUCAGCACCUGAUCCUCCCCGUGGAUGCGUGCGGUGUCAAAGGCCGACCGGUCAGAGGUCCCGAUUCCAGAAAGGACGAACUGGAGGUGGACUUGCUCGGAUCUGCCGACAGUGAAGACUUGUCGGCGCUGCUCGCCGAGGAAGUCCCGCCUCCCAAACCAUCGCCGUCGCAGCCGGUCGACCUGCUAUCCGAUCGUUCUCGAAACCGCGCCAACUCCACCUCGACACAGCGCACGAUGGGAUCGACUUCAGCGAUGGCUUCGAACGACGCCUCGACGGCUCCACCGCCACCUCCUCCAUGGACACACGACUCAUGGGUCCUCCUCCCCAAUCACCAGAUCCCCACCGAGAUCGUCCGCCUGCCUCGCCGAGCCAUCGCAUAUUUCCCACCCGCCCGACGGAAAAGCAUCUCCUAUUCGGACAACCUGACGACCACGCCGCCCUCCUCCUCACUGGAUCUGAGUCGCGGCGCGCGAGGCAGCGCCGCCAGCGCCGCCGCCGCACCCGCCCUGCCCAACGGCAACAACAACCGCGGCUACGUCCUCUCCGGGCCCGGCGGCGUCGGCACGCUGGCGGGGAAGAACGUCAAGAGGCCGGGGCCGGCGCAGGACGGUCUGAACGCCUUCGUCGCCAAACACCUGCCCAACCUCGCCAUCACCUCCGACCCCCUCGGCUCCUCGUCGUCACCGUCGACGAAAACAACGACGGCAUCCCACCUCCUCCCCCCCUUCUCCGACGAACCCCCGCCCCACCUCCUCCUCCCCGCCGGACGGUCCGCCUCCGCGCACUUCGGCCCCUCGAGCGGCCACAACGGCGCCGGCGCCGGCAACAACGCCUUCGCCUUCGGGGGGAGCGGCGGCGCCACCACCACCAGCAACAACAGCAGCAGCAACCUCGAAGCCGUCGGCGGCGCGAUCGAAUCCUGGGUCCGCCGCCUGGCCUCCAAAGCCGCCCACCAAUUCCCGCCUUCCUCCUCCUCCGCCUCCCAAACCCACCCCCACCCCUCCUCCUCCCUGGGCCCCCGCGCCUCGGUCGGCGCCGAGGGCAAAGGCGUCGGCGGCGUCGGCGACCUGAUCGAGAUGACCGACGACCUCGAGCUCGGCGGCCCGCCCGGCGCGGGGUCCCGCGACGGGACGUCCCCCUUUGGGGAGGGAGAGACGGGGAGAGGGAGCGCGUUGGACGGUCGCGGGACCGCGGAGAGGACGUUCCGCGGGAGGAAGAGCGGCAAGGCGGAUUGA